AUGGGGCUAGGCUUUGAGAGAACCUUGGCUCAAUUUGUCCAUAACCUUGGGGAGAAGACCCCAGCAGUGGUGAAGGCCGCUGUGACUUAUUCGAAGCCUCGAUUGGCCACAUUUUGGUACUAUGCCAUGGUUGAGCUGGUUCCUCUCACCCCUGCUGAGAUUCUUGGAGCGAUUCAGAGCCUGAAAAAAAUAGUCAGUAGUGCUCAGCCUGGUAGCUUCAAACAGCUCACGGUUAAGGAAGCUGUGCAGAAUGGUUUGCUGGCCACUGAGGUGUUGAUGUGGUUUUAUGUCGGAGAGAUCCUAGGCAAGCGUGGCAUCAUUGGCUAG